CCAUGCCUUUAGAGACGUAAACACAUCUCCUUCCUGCCUGCGCUGCUCGGCGGGCCGCCGGUGGGUUUGCGUUAGACACGAAAGAUUUGUUGUUUUUAAACCUGUUCUGCUUCACAUUAGUGAAUAUAUCUUCACCAUGGGCAAGAAGGAAGAGGAAGAGGUUAUUAGGAUCGCGAAGAAAAUCGACAAAUUGGCACAGAAGAAAAACGGGUCAGGGGCUUUGGAUCUUCUCAAGGAACUGAAGAAUGUACCCAUGACGUUGGAGUUGCUUCAGUCGACCAGGAUCGGCAUGUCUGUGAACGCAAUCCGGAAGCAAAGCACAGACGAAGAGGUGACAUCGCUGGCCAAAUCUCUUAUCAAGUCCUGGAAGAAGCUUCUGGAUGAACCCGCUGACGGAGACAAACCCUCUGAGGAGAAAAAGAAGGAAUCUGGAGUUCCAGUCAUGUCACAGUCACAGGGUAGCCCUGAGCCUAGAGAGGAAAGUUCCAGCAGUAAUUCAAGCAGUAAGAGCGAAGCUGUUGACAUGUUGCCCACCAGCCACAUGUCCACCUUCCCUCGAGCACCAGGAACGUCUGACUCGGUGCGCGUUAAGUGCAGAGAAAUGCUGUCCAGCGCUCUGCAGACUGGAGAUGACCAUAUCACCAUCGGUGCCGACUGUGAUGAACUCGGAGCCCAGAUUGAGGAAUGCAUCUUCCUGGAGUUCAAGAACACCGACAUGAAGUAUAAGAAUCGUGUCCGAAGCCGAAUUUCAAACCUUAAGGAUAUGAAGAACCCCAACUUAAGGAGGAACGUUCUUUGCGGAAACGUGCCUCCAGAUCGCAUAGCCAAGAUGACUGCAGAGGAAAUGGCCAGUGAUGAGCUUAAGGAGAUGCGCAAAAAUAUGACCAAAGAAGCUAUCAGGGACCACCAAAUGGCCAAGACUGGAGGAACCUCGACUGACCUGUUCACCUGCGGGAGAUGCAAAAAGAACAAGUGCACCUACACACAGGUUCAGACUAGAAGCGCUGACGAGCCCAUGACCACAUUUGUCUUCUGUAAUGAAUGCGGCAAUAGAUGGAAGUUCUGCUGAAGAAGGAGCGGAUGUCAUCAGCGCAGCGAAGUGGCUAUAUUUCUGGACCAUCACUUCGUACCAUCAGCCAAUAGGAACGUUUAGGUUUUUUGGCCUCCAACGUAUUACGGCGGCUACGGACACCAUCAAUGUUUUUUAUCAUUGUUUUGGUGUGGAUCAAAACAAUGUCCUGUGUUUUAACUUGACGUAUAGCUAGGCUCAGCCGUUGGACUAUGAUCAGUGUCUGUUUGUUUAUUUGUUUGUUUGUUUUUAUUUUCCUCCCCUUUAACAUCAGGUUUUUAUAUGUAGUUUAAUGGAGGUAUUUUUGACAACAUUCACAUGUAGAAAGUUUUACCUUGCUCUAAAGGAUUUACCAGUAGUUAGGCUAUCUAAUUUUCCUAGAAAGUUUCAUUCAAUACAUAAAAAACUAUUAAGGAUUUUAAAAUUGGAAUUUCGCUUUUCUGUUAGCCUGACACAUUUUGAAAAUAAGCUUGACGUAAGAAGACCCUUUCCACUUUUAUUCAUAUUUAUAUGCAUGAUUGGCAAAUUUCUACUGUGUACAUUUUUUUCUUUUCAGGAGUAAAACAUUUUUAAAAGACUUACAA